AUGUCGCAUCAAUAUCGUAAGCAACAGCAAACCUAUGAAACUAUUAAUAUUGAAACACGUACAUCAUACGAACGAUUUCUUGAAUUUGAACGUUUAAUGAAAUUGUAUCCAUCACGAUCAUCACCAUCAGUACCUUUUAAUCCAACACCACUUGGUCUUUGUGCUUUUGCAUUAACAACAUUUAUUCUUUCAAUGUACAAUGCAGGUGCAAUUGUUCCUGUUGAGGCUCCACAUGGCGUUGUUAUGGGUCUUGCUCUUUUCUAUGGUGGUUUAAUUCAACUUCUUGCUGGUUUACUUGAAUUUCGCAUAGGAAAUAAUUUCGGUGCACUUGCUUUUUGUUCCUAUGGUGGUUUCUGGCUUGGUCUUGCUUCAUUAUCUAUUGACAGUUUUGGUUUUCUAGGUGAAUAUUCAGCUGAUCCAUCAGUAGCAGAUAAGGCACUUGGAAUUUUUUUCCUUGCAUGGGCAAUCUUUACAGCAGCUAUGUUUAUUGCAUCUCUUCGAACAAAUUUAGCAUUGGUGGCUUUAUUCUUUUUUCUAACAAUCACUUUUAUUUUACUGACAACAUGUAAAUUUCUUCAAAAUGAUAAGAAUUUACAACGUGCAGCAGGUGCAUGUGGAAUUUUAACAGCAUCAAUUGCUUGGUAUGCAGCUUUUGCAAGUUUAUUAAAGCGUGGUGAAAAUUCCUUUUUUUCAUUACCUGUCUACAAUUUAUCUCCACAACCAACAGUGAUCAUUGCUGAUAAGCCAUCAUCAAACAUUUACUCACAAAAAAUGUGA